AUGGGACAGGAUUAUAGUUACAGUCAGCCAUCUUCAUCAGAUGUUGACAUGGACUCUCUUCUUCUAGAGGAAGCAGAGUUGUACGCGGAUGAAGCUCAGAGUAGCUACAACGCAGAGCCGGUUCAGUAUGAACCUGACCCCGAAGCUGAUGAUGGAAUCCCCACUAGAUGUUACUGUGGUGGUGAGCCGGUGGUGGGAACAUCCACCAGUUCUAAGCAUCCAUACAGGAGGUACUACACGUGCCCCAACGUUGAUGAUGGCGACUGCCACAUCUGGAAGUGGUGGGAUGUGGCCGUGGUGGAGGAGUUGCGGGACUUUCAGAGAGAGUUUAGGCAGUUAACUGAGCAAGUCAGUGAGAGUGAGCGGAAGCUGGUGAAGCUAGAGGAGUCAGUGGCUGAGUUAUCUAAGAAGAAACCAGUGGCUUCAAAUGGCUUAGAAGUGGUUGCUUGUCUACUGGUCAGUCUAAUAGUGAUAAUAGGUUUGGUUGUCUUCUUUCUGCCUGGUAAGUUUCUGUACUUGUGUUUUGAUUGUCGUUCAUGUUUACUAGAUAAAACUAUGACUAUUUUAUCUCUUUGGUUUUCAGGAGGAGGUUCAAACGGUUCAAACGAGAGUGUAUGA